UAUAUAUAUUGUGGCACCCCUGCUCCUGAAUGUUGUGCCACGUGGGUGGAGAACCCUGGAGGGGCCCGUGCCGGUCAACCGCGCAGACGUCACGCAUUGGGAGAGGUGUGCGAAGGGGUAUAUCUGCCUAGAGAUGUGAUGGGGAGAUCAGCACCUUGGAGAGAGAUCCCUCUACCUGCGGUCCAGGACCCCGGCCAGCGCACCCCUGACGCGGCCGAAGAGGAGAGGAGGGAGGAAGCCCUGGAAAAUACCCCGGUCUGGGAAGAAUCUUCGUUUAUUUUUUGCCUAAACGGCCCCUUUGAUUUCUCCAGUUUUCCCCUACCCUUGCCCUGAGGGGGGGCGCUAUCACCAAUACCCCGAAAAAAAAAACACACAGAAAAAAUAAAAAGAAGUAUUUUUUCUGACAUCUGCUAUCUCCUGUGUUGGUUCCUAGCUCUGCCCACUCUCUGCACCUCAGGAUUCACCCCGAGGCACCACAUAUGGUGGAGAAUGCGGGCAUACUGAUGCCACGCUGUGGAAGCUGAUCUGGGCCGAAGAACCAACACGGGUGAGAACGGAGAGUGAAUGGAAGCCACACCCCCUGGGGAAGAGCGAAGAAGGAGACGAUUGGCUGCCCCUACCCUCGCUGAGAUGCAAGAAGCGGAAGCAGAGGAGGGCUCCCGAGGGAUGAUGGAAGCGGCCAUCACGGAGCUGGCGAGGUCCCAGCGGGCCCUGCAGGAAGCGGUGGUCGAACUCUGCCGCCUAUCCCCCCGUGACGGAUCGAGACGAACCCCCCGAGAGGCGUUGACAAAGAUGACAGCUGAUGAUGACGUUGAGGCGUACCUCCAGGUGUUUGAGCGCGCCGCUCAACGUGAAGAAUGGCCGCCGGCAGCCUGGGCAGCCAUACUAGCCCCCUUCUUGACGGGAGAGGCCCAACAGGCCUAUCGAGAUAUGGACAUGGCUGACGCCACCGACUACCUCAAGUUGAGGAGAGCCAUCCUAGCCCAAUAUGGGUUCAGCCUACCUGCCCGAGCCCAGCGAUACCACGAAUGGGCCUAUGACGCCUCCCAGCCUGCCCGGUCCCAAAUCGCCGCCCUGACCCGCCUGACCAAGAGCUGGCUGGCCGAGGGAGAGGGGCCACCCCUGUUGGAGAGGGUGGUGUUGGACAGAUGCACCCGCGCUCUGCCCCGGGAAGCCAAACGGGAUAUAGCCCAGGUGGGACCCACCUCCGUAGAACUGCUAGUGGGCCUCCUCGAAAACCAUCAGGUCACUCAGAAGAUGCUCCAACCUGAACGCACCAAAACCCCGCGCCGCCCAGUUAGGUGCCCAGCACAGGUGAAGCGCCCACCAGCCCGCCCUGACCAAAAUCGGCGGGGCAGACCUGACGCAGGGAGACCACGGCCGGAGUGGAGAUGCUAUAACUGUGGAGAGGAGGGGCAUCUAGCCAGGAACUGCCCCGGGAGGGAGGUGUCCAGGCCCACCGCCAGGGGUCCGAGCAGCCCUGCGCACCCCUGCCUGUACCUGACCACCUGCUGGGCGCACCAGAGUACGGAGGCCCCCAGGUUCCCGAUACGAGUAGGGGGACAGGACACUGUAGCAGUGCUGGAUUCGGGCAGCGCCAUCACCUUGGUAAGACCAGAGUUUGCGGGAGAAAAGAGGGGUGAAGAGGUGGCCGUGGCGUGUAUCCAUGGGGACACCAGAGAAUACCCCACGGUGUGGGUCAACCUAAUCACACCACGGGGGACGCACGCGGUAAGAGCGGGGGUUGUGCCAAAUUUACCCGUACCGGUACUAAUGGGAAGAGACUGCCCUUUGUUCCAGACUUAUUGGGAGGAGGGGCCCCGGCCUCUGAGGGAGACGAGGCCACGACGGCCCCGCCGGGCUGCCCGCCAGAACCCCCUACCAGUCUGGGCCGCGACGUCUGGGGACAGUGAAGGAGAGGCCCUGCCACCUGAGAGGAAACGCCAACCCAGCACCCCGGCCACCAGUGGAACCAUCACUGCGUCCGAGAAAGAGCUUGGGGAGGCCCUGCCCCCGGAGAGAGAUGUCCGUCUAGCCUUCUCGGAGGGCCCCCAAGAGGUGAGCGAGGAGGCCGAAGCACCCACACGGUUUGGCACUGCCCAACUACAUGAGCCAAAGUUCGCUCAGGCUUGGAGAGAUGCCCGAGACAUUAACGGGGUACCACAAGGGCCGGUGAGUACACCAUCGUAUCCCUUCUUCAGGGUAAAACAAGACCUGCUCUACCGAGUCUGUAACCCACAGGGGGAGGAAGUGGAACAGCUGCUCGUCCCUCAACCGUUUGUGCCCCGAGUCCUCUACUUAGGUCAUACUCACCUGCUGGGAGCCCAUCUGGGGAUGGAGAAGACCUACGAGAGGAUCCUGGCAAGGUUCUACUGGCCCGGGGUGAAAAAGGCUGUGGAGGACUACUGCCGACACUGUGCCGUGUGCCAACUCCACAGCCCUAAGGUAACCCUUCGGAACCCACUAAUACCCCUGCCAAUAAUUGAUGUUCCCUUCAGGAGGAUUGCGAUGGACAUCGUGGGGCCCUUACCGAAGUCCAGCCGGGGACAUCGGUACAUCCUCGUAAUCCUGGAUUAUGCAACCCGCUACCCAGAAGCCGUCCCGCUCAGGACCGCGACCGGAAAGGCGGUUGCCAGGGAGUUGUUCCUGCUGUUUAGCAGGGUCGGAAUAGCGGAGGAACUCCUGACCGACCAAGGAUCGUGUUUCAUGUCGGGGGUCCUAAAGGAGAUGUGCCGGCUGCUACAAGUGACCCAACUACGAACCUCCGUCUACCACCCCCAAACCGACGGACUAGUGGAGAGGUUCAAUCAGACCCUCAAAGCCAUGCUGAGGAAAAUGAUUGAAACGGACGGUAAGGACUGGGACCAGCUCUUACCCUAUCUUCUCUUCUCAGUCCGAGAGGUACCCCAGAGCACCACCGGCUUUGCCCCUUUUGAACUGCUAUACGGUAGACGACCCCGUGGAUUACUGGACCUGGCGAAGGAGGCUUGGGAACAGCAACCGUCCCGAACCCGCAGCCUGAUCGAGCAUGUGGAGCAGAUGGACCGGCGGAUGGCCCAGAUCUGGCCCAUGAUGAGGGCCCACAUGGAACGGGCACAACGGGAGCAAGCCAGGCUGUAUAACCGGGGAGCCCAGGUGAGAGAAUUCGCCCCAGGAGACAAGGUGAUGAUUCUAGUCCCCACCAGUGAAUGUAAAUUUCUGGCCCAAUGGCAUGGGCCGUAUGAGGUCGUGGAACGCACAGGACCUGUGAACUACCGAGUGAGACAGCCGGGGCGACGACACCGCCUCCAAAUCUACCACGUCAACCUGAUGAAGAGGUGGCAUGAGCCACCCCCAGCUCCGACCCCAGUCCUCUCUGCCCAGUGGCUGCCCCCACCGACCCCUGACGUGAGUAUUGGAGAGCAACUGAGCUCCCGCCAGCAGCAAGCGCUACGUGAGCUGGUGAAUCGAAGCCGGGACAUCUUCUCGACUAUGCCCGGCCGCACCCACCUAAUCGCCCACGACAUCAGCACUGAACCUGGGAAGACGGUAAGAUUACGACCCUACCGAAUCCCAGAAGCUCGCCGACACGCCAUACAGGAGGAGGUGAAGAGAAUGCUCGACCUCGGGGUUAUUGAGGAAAGCCGCAGUGCCUGGUCCAGUCCCGUGGUGCUAGUCCCCAAGCCGGAUGGAACCUGGCGGUUCUGUAAUGACUUCCGCCGCCUGAACGACAUCUCCCUGUGUGACGCGUACCCGAUGCCGAGGGUGGACGAACUCAUUGAGCGGCUGGGACCGGCCCGGUUCAUCAGCACCCUGGACCUGACGAGGGGGUAUUGGCAAGUUCCCCUAACACCCCGUGCCAGGGAGAAGACGGCCUUCGCGACCCCGACGGGCCUCUACCAGUACACCGUCCUUCCCUUUGGCGUGCAUGGAGCCCCGGCCACGUUCCAGAGGUUGAUGGACCAGGUGUUGCGGCCCCACCAGAGGUAUGCGGCCGCCUACCUGGAUGACAUCGUCAUCCACAGCACCGACUGGGACAGCCAUGUCGACAAAGUCGAAGCGGUGCUGAGGUCCCUGAGGGAGGCCGGGCUGACGGCUAACCCAGCAAAGUGCCGGCUCGGAUUUAAGGAAGCUGCCUAUCUGGGCCACACGGUCGGGAGGGGGCGGGUGAAGCCCCAGUCGAACAAGGUCGACAGCAUUGCCACCUGGCCCCAACCGGCUACAAAGAAACAGGUGAGAAUGUUCCUGGGUCUGGUGGGUUACUAUCGGCAGUUCAUUCCGGAGUUUGCAGCACGAGCAGCCCCCCUACACGACCUCACCAAGAAGGAGCAGCCCAACCGGGUCCAAUGGGACCCCCUCGCCGCUGUAGCCUUCCAGGACCUACGGGCCGCUCUAGGUGAGAAACCAGUCCUCAUAACUCCCAACUUCCAGAAACCCUUCGUGCUGCAGACCGACGCAUCGGAAGUGGGCCUGGGAGCGGUCCUGUCACAGAUCCAGGACGGGGUGGAGCAUCCAGUGACAUACAUCAGCAGAAAACUCCUCGGCCAUGAAAGGAAUUAUGCCACGGUCGAGAAGGAAUGCCUUGCCAUCAGAUGGGCGGUAGGUAAAUUACGUUAUUACCUACUCGACCGUGAGUUUCUGUUGGUGACCGAUCAUGCUCCCCUCAAAUGGAUGUACCUGAACCGAGACAGCAAUGCCCGAGUAACCCGCUGGUUUUUAGAGUUGCAGCCUUACCGGUUCAAGGUGGAGCAUCGCGCUGGGAAGCUGCACCAGAAUGCUGAUGCGCUAUCCAGGAGGGAGGAUGGCCUAGGGGCAGACGCUCCCGCCCGGGGCUUGGAGCUGAGGGGGGGGGUAUGUGGCACCCCUGCUCCUGAAUGUUGUGCCACGUGGGUGGAGAACCCUGGAGGGGCCCGUGCCGGUCAACCGCGCAGACGUCACGCAUUGGGAGAGGUGUGCGAAGGGGUAUAUCUGCCUAGAGAUGUGAUGGGGAGAUCAGCACCUUGGAGAGAGAUCCCUCUACCUGCGGUCCAGGACCCCGGCCAGCGCACCCCUGACGCGGCCGAAGAGGAGAGGAGGGAGGAAGCCCUGGAAAAUACCCCGGUCUGGGAAGAAUCUUCGUUUAUUUUUUGCCUAAACGGCCCCUUUGAUUUCUCCAGUUUUCCCCUACCCUUGCCCUGAGGGGGGGCGCUAUCACCAAUACCCCGAAAAAA